ACAUACAUACAUAUAUAUAUCCAAAUUAUUAAUGGCUCUAAUUACUAUUACCAAAUGGAUAUUGCUGUGGAUGUUGCUGUCAGUUACUAUGAAGCCAAUUCAGGGGCAGCAGCAACAAGUUCCUUGCUUAUUUUUCCUGGGAGAUUCACAAUUUGAUAAUGGGAACAAUAACCUGCUGCUCACAUCCGCCAAGGCAAACUAUCCACCUUAUGGGAUUGAUUAUCCCGAUGGCGCCACCGGCAGAUUCUCCAACGGACGAAACAUUGCUGAUUUUCUUGCUCAACUCUUAGGUUUUGCAGAACCGGUCCCGGCCUUUGCGACUGCACGAGGCUCGGACAUUAUUAAAGGUGUGAAUUAUGCAUCAGGCGCAGCAGUAAUCCUUGAGGAGUCUGGGAUACAAUUGGGUGAUCGGAUCAGCCUGGACAGGCAGCUGCUAAACCAUCGUCUAACAAUCGCCCGUUUAUCGCUAUUGCUCAGUAAACAAUCUUCGUCAGUGAAUGAUUAUCUCAGCAAGUGCCUAUACGCUGUAAACAUGGGCAGUAAUGAUUACAUUAACAACUAUUUAAUGCCACAGUUUUACCCAUCUAGUCGUUUAUACACACCAGACAGGUUUGCAGAAAUCUUGAUUCAGAAAUUCUCCGGACAGCUAAGGACCUUGUACAACACUGGAGUAAGAAAAGUAGCAGUAUUCGGGAUUGGUUUACUAGGUUGCCUUCCUCAAGAGUUGGGCAUGUAUCCUACCAAUGGAUCACCAUGCGUCGAUUUCAUCAACAACUACGUCCAGUUAUUCAACAACAGGCUGAAGCCCCUCAUCGAUAACCUCAACAGCAAUCUACCAAAUGCUCAGUUUAUCUAUAUCAACAUCACCAGCAUUUCAUCAGGAGAUCCUUCAGUUAUUGGAAUUAGAGUUGGGAACGCUCCGUGCUGCGUGGUAUCGAGGAGAACGGGGCAGUGUGCUCCAAACCAAGUUCCAUGCAGUAACAGGAAUGAGUAUGCUUUUUGGGAUAACUUUCAUCCUACGGAGAUUUUGAAUCUUGGGACGGCUUCAAGAGCAUACAACGCCACGGUACCGUCCGACGCCUAUCCGGUUGAUAUUCGACGUCUCGUUCAGCAACAGAACUAAUUUUACAUUAUAUGAUCCAUCAUAUAUAUACAAAAACCAGACCCAAUUUUCAUGUUUACUGAAUAAGAUGGUUGGUAGGUCUCAAAAACCUGAAAACCUGUUGUAUACAAAUUGAAUCAAGAAAGAAAAUAAA